AUGGAACAAGAUGUUAUAAAUUUGAAAAACCAUACUACUCAAUAUAAAGUACUGAAAGAUGAAGAGAUAAAACAAAAAGCCCUGAAGACAUAUAUGGAUAGCGAUGAGUAUAAAAAAGAAGUUGAAGCAAAUGUAAAGGCAGAAAAACUUUUACAGUUGCAAAACCAAACCGUACAAUAUGAAAACUUAGCACAAGAAAGUAAAAAUAACGACGCAGCCAUGCAAAAGGCAAUGAAAAGCGCAGAUAUUAUAAAAGCUAAUAAUGACUGGUUAGAUGCCCAAGCCAACGCUAAAGCAGCCCAACUUAUAGGGUCAAUAAGGACAAAAAUACAAGCGGAUGAAGACAGUUCAAAUGAAGCUUUAAUGAAUGCUGACUUUAAGAACGCCUUCGAAGCUCUUCAUAGUAAGGUGAAACUAGUGAACGACUUCUCAUCUGGAAAGAAACUGAAGUCUGAAGGUUUCGACAAAGAGUUAAGAGAAGUAGCACAAAAUAUGACGAAAAUAACAGAUGCAGCAACGAGACAGGCAGUUCAAAGUGCCUAUGACGCCGUUAGAGCAACUGUUGUGGAAAGUCAAGAAAAAGAGUUACAACAGACCAAAACAGACCUAGUAAAUGCUUUCUUAAGAACGAAAAGUCAGGUAGGACAUUAUGCUGCAGAUGGAACAUAUGUGCCAAGAGUAUGA